AUGUACGAAUUCGGAAUUCCAAGUAAGCUUAUUUCCCUGACAAAAGUGUGCAUGAAUGGUACAAAAUAUCAAGUAAGAGUUGAAAACGUACUAUCCGAAGAAUUCCAAGUGGUAACAGGCUUGAAACAGGGUGACGCUCUUUCACCACUACUAUUCAAUAUUGCACUGGAGAAAGUCGUACGGAGUAUACAAAGGGAUAACUAUGGUAUUGACAUCGGCACAAACAAGAUUAGUAUUUUAGGUUUCGCUGAUGAUUUGAAUAUAGUUGGUGAUGAUGGAGAGAGUGUGGCGCAGAGCACCACAACCCUCAUUAACGAAGCAAAAACCAUAGGGCUGAAUGUAAAUGAUAAUAAAACCAAAGUGAUUGAGCUAUUACCAGAAAACAACCAUGUCGACAAUGUAGUGAUUCAAGGACAUACAUUUGAAAAAGUGCAUCAAUUUACAUAUCUGGGGGCCUCUAUCAGUGGUAAUAAUGACUGGUCCAUCGAANUUCUAGAAGAACCAAAGUACAUCUUUACACGGCGAUAAUUAGACUAACGCUAACAUAUGAGUGUGAAGUAUGGCCUUUAACAUUCAAAAUGGAAUAAAAACUUAUGUCGUUCGAAAACAAAAUACUAAGAAUUAUCUGCGGCCCAGUAUAUGACAACGACCUGGGGUGCUGGCGCAGAAGAACGAACAAAGAGACUCGAGAUUUGACAGGAGUACCAAGAAUAACCAACUUUGUAAAAACACAAAGAAUAAAAUGGUUUGGGCACGUGAUGAGAAGGUCAAACUCAGAUUACCUUAAGACGGCGGUCGAAUGGAAACCCACAAGGAAGAGACCGAGAGGACGUCCAAAGAAGCGAUGGAUAGAUGGUAUAAAGCAGGACUUAGAGAAAUUAGGGAUAUCAAAUUGGGAAGACAAGGUACAAAAUCGAGAAGAGUGGAGGGAAGUGUCGUUGGCGGCAAAAACUCUUGAAGAGUUGUGA